AUGAAUAUUUUAGAAGGUAAAGAAAAGCAGAUACAAAAAUUACAAAUUUUAUUUAAUGAAAUACAAAUUUGUGAUAACAAAAAAUUUAUAGAAAAUCUCAGAACUUGUAUAUCUCUCCUAAGUCAGAACUAUUCACUAGAUGUUCUUCUUUCAGUGAUUUACCCUAUUUUAUUGUGCAAAAAGUCGAAAAUUCCUACAAAAAUAGUGCUUUUUUUAAAAAGACUAUUCGAUGAAAUUGUUCUUGAAGAAGAAGGUAAAUUGUCUGUUUUAAAGCUGUUUGACCAUCUUAUAUCACUGGUAAAUUCUAAGACUACUAGAGUUAGGAAAAAUAUUAUCUUUCUUUUAAAUAUUUUAUCAGGCUUUAAUUUUAUAAAUGAAAAAAUAAGUACUGAAAUUUUAAUAAAAAUUUCUGAAAGAUUAUUUGAUAAAGAAAAAAGUGUAAGAAAGGAAACAAUACUUUUUUUGUGUAGAUAUCAAAAUUUUGAUUUAAAUGAAAGUACGAAAAUAAUUAGUCUAUUUAAAAAUAUUAUAAGGUAUGAUCCAAGUAAUGAAUGUAGAAAAAUAGCAUUUGAAAAUCUUGAAAUAAAUCUCUUUACGCAUAACUGCAUAAUUGAAAGAUGUUCUGAUACAAAUUUAGGUAUUAGAAAUAUUUUUUAUAAAAAAAUGUUAGAAAAAAUAAACAUUAGAGAAAUAAGAUCUGAUAAAAAAAUGUAUUUAUUAAAAAAAGCUUUUACGGAACGGGAAAUCAAUAGUACAGAAAUUUUUGUGAAUUGUUGUUUACUUUAUUAUGAUUUACCCACCGAAUUUACCGCUUUGAUAGACGACUUAUAUAGUCCAAGUACUUUUAAACUAUUAGAAAAGCUUAUAAAACAACUUUUAAAUUUUUUAGAUUUUAAUUUAGAUCCAAUUAAAGUUUUUGAAGAUUCUUCAUUAAGUAAUUUAUUAUUUUACUUUUUCUAUCUGUCACAUAUUGAAGAUACGAAAAGUAAGGAUGAACUAAAUUUAUUGGAACUUUCAAAAUAUGUAGAAAUUUUAUAUAACUUUAUUAAAAAUGCACAAGAAGAUGUCGAAAAAAAAGAAAAAUGUAAGAUUAUGUUCAAGAUAUUAAAUUUUUAUGAUUUUUUUGACGAUGAAUCUAGAAAAAUAAUUAAUAGUACAAUUUAUAAAUCAAUAAAAAAUGGUGCCGAAGAUGACAUUUUAGAAGAAGCAAUAAAAAUUGUGUAUAAAAUUGAUCCACAAAGUGGAGACAAAAUGUUUGGUGCUUUGAUUCAUAAACAUAUAGAUACUUUUCCUAUUUUUGCACUAAAAAUUAGUAAAUAUAUUUUUAAAUAUUCUGUUGUUGUAAAUAAAAUCCACGAGGCAAUAAUGAACGAAAUAGUUUUACCUUACCAAGAACAAAAUCUAGAAAAAGAUCAAUUGAUAGCGGAAUUACUAUUUUUUUAUCAAUUAAUUGAAUCUAAUGAUGAUAUUUUUGAAUUAUUUAAAAGUUACAGAAAAAAAUGUAAAUUUUUUUUUGAAAUGUCUGUAGAUCUAUCCCUUAAACUUAAAUGUGAUAAGUAUCGUCUUUUUGCACAAGAGAUUUUUUUUGAAAAAAUAAAUACGAAUGAUGCUUCUGUAUUUAUUCCAGGUUCUAAAUUGAUUUUAUCUCAGCAAAUAUUGGAUGAGUCUUUAAUUUUAAAGUAUGUUAUAUUUGCACUAUCAUUUUAUUUCACAGAAGAAGAUGAUCAUAUACAACAAUAUCUAAACGUUUUCUUUCAUGAAUAUUUUUUAGAAGAUUCUUCUUACUUAAUAGAUGCAUUUUGUCCAGUAUUAGAAAAUCUAGAUAAAUCAGAAAAAUAUUUUAUCGAUCGUGUAUUGUAUUUAAUAGAAAAUUCUAAAAAGCAAAAUGGCACACAAAUUUUAUUCUAUAAGAUAUGUGUAAAUCUAUAUACUAUUUAUGCCGAUACAAAAUUAGGAAAGAAAUUUCUUUAUGUUUUAUCUAAAAUUAAUAUAGUCGGUGCCUGGAAUACAAAUCUAACAAAGAAGAUAUUAUUCUGUUGUACGCAAUUAAUAAAGAAACCUUCUGUAGUAAAAAAAAUUACAGAUAUUACAAGCUCUAUUAUGACAAUUGAUGAUGGAGAGCCAAUUUCACAAGAAGAUUUACAGUGUGUUAAACAAGAUUUAUGUAUUUUUAAAAAAUAA